AGCUAUUGCGGUCCAACUGGGUGUAAGGAACAUGGAAAGUAAAGCUGAACUAAUCGAGAAAAUAACAACAGCAUGUCUAUCUAUAGCGGAACAUGAAAUACAUAAACUAGAGGAGGAACCUGAACAUAGCUUAUUACAGCAAUAUCAAGAUAGUACCGACCUAGAAGACGUAAGAAUGCAGGAGGAAACAGUGAUGCUGAGCAAACGGACCAUAAAAAAAAGAAAAGUAGAGCAACCAGAUGGUUUAGAAAUGCGAAGCCUAUUGGAGGAAAUUAAAGAAUUAAGGAGGGAUAUGAGUGAUGUAAAUAAUGAUUAUAAUACUUUGAGGUCGAUUGGGAAAGAUCUGGAUCUGGCACUAAAUGCAGAUUCGGCAGAGGAAGCAUGUUCUUUUAUUGAAUUAGCUAAAAAGAGAGCAAAGGACAGAAUGACAAUUUUAAGAGUAGCAAACGAAUAUGGUUGGGAUGUGGCAGUUGAACUUCCUCAAUCAAAGUAUAAUGACCAGGAAGAUGAUACGGAGGCAAUAAAUAAUGCACGACAGAUAGCGGCAAAAAAGAAAAGAAAAAAGAGACACACAAUAACAGAGAAGCAGUUUUUUCGUAGGGAUGAGGGAUACAAGGGACAGAAUCAAACAGAAAGAGGAAACUAUUAUGAGGCAAGACCAUUUGUUAACAAGAACACAUUCUACAAUCAAAAAACCAAAUUUUAUACCAAAAACCAAAAUUCACGAAACCAAGAAAAUGGAGCAGUUAUAACUGUGGAGGAAUUG